GCAAAGGAUCCUAUUGAUAGAUUUUGCUCUGCUCUCCAUCGGAUGAUUCACUGAAUUUCGGCGAUCGUAGUUCUCGAGCCAGCACUUUUUCACAGACCAGCACGUUCAGCGACCUAGUCAAUGAUUUACAAGCAGGCCCUUCCUCGCAAGGCAAGGGUAUAGAAGAAACUAAGCAGCUUCCUGCUGUCGCGGGUUUCCGCGGAUGAUUACUUUUUUUUGUCCGAGCAGAGAAGAUCCCUAGUAUCUGUUCUCACGUAAAAUUUGAACUGUUGGCUGAAGUUGUGAAUUGUCUCGACUACGAGUAGCGAUAUCUAUGAACGAGCGCGCUGCGGCAGCAACUUUAGCGACCCUCCAGGGCAGAAGCGACACAAAGGACAAACGCGGUAGUCGCCGAGCGCAGUAGGCACUAAACGCUACUACUAGCUGGUCCCGGAGAUGAGGCGCGUGAGGGUUUCGACGUGACUCUGACUCCCGAGCACUAGUUUGUAAAAAUCAGCCGAUCCUGCAAGGAUAAGGAGUUGCAGACGGACACAAGAUUCGUCGGGCUAAGAAUCGCAACCACUGGCACUGGCCGCAGACACGAAGGACGACACCAGGAGAAGUACCGUAAAAGAUGGUGCUCGCAGAUCUGGGAAGCCAGCUCACGGGCGCGUUGCGAAAGCUGAACGCUGCCACCGUGGUAGACGACGAAGUGAUAGAGGAAUGCUUGAAAGAAAUCACUAACGCCCUGAUGAAGGCGGACGUCAACAUCAGCUACGUGAUGCGCAUGAAGCAAGACAUAAAGAAAAAACUCGCGGCGCAGGAAGAGGGAAUCAACAAAAGGAAAAACAUCCAGAAGCUGGUCAUGCAGAGCCUAGUGGAGAUGGUACAACCGAGGCUCAUUGAAUGUUGAUGUUGCGUGGUUGACAACAGCUUUGGGUCUGUGCCGAAGCUGUAUGUUUGUACCUGUAUAUUUUUGGGCUCUGAUGGAUCAUCUUUGAUAGGGCAACCGCAGCGGCAAAGAUAGCCUUGGAAAAAAGAAUAAAUCCUUCGAAAUUUCUUCAGGUUUCCGCACCGCAAGCGCCCUACAAAUUUGUGAAGCAGAAGCCGAACGUGGUGAUGUUUGUCGGGUUGCAGGGUGCGGGAAAGACGACUUCCUGUACCAAGUUUGCGCACCACUACGCAAGAAAAGGAUGGAAAACAGCGCUAGUUUGUGCAGAUACCUUCCGCGCAGGGGCGUUUGACCAGCUGAAGCAAAACGCAGCAAAAGUAAAGAUACCAUUUUUCGGGUCCUACUCAGACACGGAUCCGGUAAGAAUAGCCGAAGAGGGUGUGGAAAAAUUCAAGGAAGAAAAAUACGAGGUAUAAGUAGCCCGUUGUUCUUGGCAUAUCUGACUACAGAAUUUUUGCAGGGAUCUCUCUGCUAUCAAAAAAAAGCGCACAAAUGCAUUGCGUGAGACUUGAUUUUCACGAUUUGAUUUUUCCCGAUUUUACGAAAAUGAUUGAUUUCUGAAAACCAUGCUCCCAAAACUCACAGCUCAUCAUCGUAGAUACGUCUGGUCGCCACAAGCAGGAGCAGGCCCUCUUCGAAGAGAUGGAGCAAGUGCAGGCCGCGGUUGACCCCCAAGAAAUCAUUUUUGUCAUGGAUUCGCACAUUGGGCAGGCGUGCCACGACCAAGCGCGGGCUUUUCACGACGCUUGCGGGUAGCAACAUGAUUCGUGGUAGUUGCAUGCAAUUUAAUCAACUAGGUGGAGGUCGUUCGUGUCAUAUACCUGCGAUAUUUUUAAAGAAAGCAAGACUCAAUCUAUGAAAAUGUGUGACUGUGAUUCCACCUACAGGUCAAUAGGCAGCGUAAUCGUGACCAAGCUGGACGGGCACGCGAAGGGCGGUGGUGCACUGUCAGCCGUCGCUGCGACAGGCGCGCCGAUUCGCUUCCUCGGUACUGGCGAGCACUUUCAGGACUUCCAGCCGUUUGAGGCUGAAAGUUUCGUUUCGAAACUAUUGGGCAUGGGCGACUUGAGAGGUACUUUUAAUUUGCUUCAAGAAUGAUCCGACGGACUAUCGCUAUCAGCAUGAAGGUUGGGCUCAACUGAUAGACUGAGUUAUCUUCAAGACGAUUGUACUGCGAUUUUCAUACAUUUGGAAAUAGCUGCGAGCAGCGCAAUCCUCGAAGCAAAAAUAUCACAUCACCCUCCAGGUCUUAUGACUACGCUCCAAGACGUGAUGCCCGGCGAAAAGGAGCAAGAGCGCAUGAUCGAGCGGAUGUCGCAGGGGCAUUUCAGCUUGCGAGACCUGUAUGAACAGAUGAAGAAUAUGACGAAAAUGGGAAGUCUGUCGAAUCUCAUGGGCAUGAUACCGGGGAUGCCAACAGACAUGCUGGGCGAAGGAAAUGAAGAGGAAGCGCAGAAAAGGGUCAGAAGGUAAAGAGUUGCUGCUAGUUUGCAAGCGUUGCGUUAUCAAUGCCACAGUACAUGACGUCGAGAGGCGAAUAUAAAACGCUGAAAGGUCGUCAUAGUCAUCUACUUAGAUAAAAGUACGACCAGAUCAACCAACACUGAAACACAGGUUUCUUACGAUGAUGGAUAGCAUGACCGACGCUGAACUUGACGGCAAGGGCGACAGAAUAGAAAAGACGCCAUCUAGAAUACUCAGAAUAGCACGGGGCGCGGGCGUUCAUCCAGCUUAUGUCGGGGAACUCCUAGCAGAACACAAAAGGUACUAGUACUGGUGUAAAUUUGAUGUUUUUGGAUGGAAUCCAUUUGUAAUUGAAGGAAGUGCAGAAAAAGAAAGACGCGAAUCUGCCCUGGUGCGCAAGUGCAGAUAACGCAACUUUCUCAUGUGAUAUGUGUAAUUCUCCAGGUUCGAGAAGAUGAUCGGCAAGAUGGGGAAGACCGGCUUACUUUCCAAAGACCCGAAGCAGAUGAUGCGGAAUCCCCAGGAGGCCAUGCGCAAAAUUCAAUCCGCCAUGGACCCGAAGAUACUCGGAAAAAUGGGCGGCGCGGGGGGACUGAUGAACAUGAUGAAGCAGAUGGAGGGCGGCGACAUGGGCGGCAUGGCAGACAUGAUGCAGUCCAUGAAAGGUAUGAUGGGUGGGAAAGGCGGUGGCAAAAGCGCGUUGCUAAACAUGAUGGGCGGCGGUGGCGGAAAAGGCCGGAGAUGAAAGCGAAAGUACUUAUAGUCAAUUCGCUUCUCCUCCUUCUCCGCACCAAAAGUUGUGUUUAGGUGAUUUCAGUAAAAAGUACUACCCCAGGAGUGGAAGUGUGAGUACUACCCCAAACAUUAGUUGUCCCCUGAAGAACCCCGAUCGACGGAGCCCGCGAUCAUAGAGCAACACCAACUGAACAAGCGGCAAAAGUUUAGAAGACUGAAUUAUAGUCGUGUCACAACCGCAAUAAAGAACAGCGAAU